AGUAAAGAAAGAAUGGCUAGAGGAUGUAAAAAGAGCUACAGGGCAGGCUGAAAUCACGAGUGGCAGCUGAGAGAGUUGAGAGUUGAGAGUUUAUGCUGGACAAAGGGGUCGAUGAGGGGUGGCUUUGGAGCUGUCAGAAAUGCCAUGUCGCGUGUUUGCCGGAGGACUGCAUGGCACGGCAUCCAUCGUAUCACAGCCGCCGACAGCCAUAGCUUGGCCCCGUUCUUUGUGGCCUCAGUGGAUCGAAGCCAUUAUGCACGCAAGCACAGCCACUGGCCGUCAGUUUGUGCUUUGUCCGAAUGGAGACGGGACGCCAGUUGAUCAGUUCUGCUGCCAGCACAGUGAAGAGUGUCUCUUGGUGAGCUGAUUGGCCGGCAGCUUGGAGGGGAGCAUCCAAGUCUUCUCGAUAGAGCCAUAAAUUUCGAGUUGGAGGGGUCCCUGUCCUUUC